ACUUUUGACAAUUGCAGUCCAACCAUAAAUAGUCAUCUGUGGUCCUCUCGGCGCGGCAUAUGUCUGUUAAGUCUUAGUUUCUCAUCUCAUAGCAACUCAAACUUACUCCCAAACACAUAAAAAUGGCAACCAAAGCUGCAACUGGUGGAAAAGGCUUCCAGCCGGACUCCGACGUUCACGUUACAUUCGAGGAUCAACAGAAAAUCAAUCGAUUCGCAAAGCACAAUGCCCGUUUGGAAGAUUACAAGCGUGAGCUUGAAAUCAGGAAAAACGAAUUGAAGAGCCUCGAAGAAGCCUGUGAAGAAAUUGAGCUGUUUGAUGAGGACGAGAUGAUUCCAUUCCAGAUUGGUGAAGUGUUCAUUUCUCACAACUUACCUAAGACUCAGGAACUUCUCGCAUCAGAAAAAUCGAAAAACCAAAAGGAAAUCAAGGAAAUUGAAGACAAAUGCUCGGCGAUCCAACAAAUUAUGAAUGAGCUCAAGGCACAACUGUAUCAUCGAUUUGGAAGCAACAUUUCGCUGGAAAAUGAUGACUAAAUGCUUCAUGUGCUACAGCUUCUCAUAUAAAUAUAGGCAUUUAUUUAUAAACCCUCUAAAGUGGGCGCAGAGGUGAUAAUUACAAUAAGUUUCCAUACAGAUUUAUUGUUCGAACAAAACAUGUCAAACUGUAAUAAAUACUUGUAUUAAUAUCA